CUUGGAAUCUCAUCUCCUGUUGUGGGACUGUGGCGGCCUUGCGGCGGUGUUUCGUCCGUCGAAACAGCGGAGUCGAGAUUUGAUCCGACUGAAGAUUUUGAUAGAAGGCAUCCUUUGAGUCAAACAUUAAACAAUCACCGCCCCCUCCAUUCUUGGUGGAAACCCGGACUGAACUCGUACCUGUCCUUUGCCUCUCUAUUCCGAGUGAACCAAAUUCACAAUUGACUCAACUUGAACUACUAGACAGACAAACAAUCGGAACACACGAGCCAUGUCAAACUCGGCAAUCGCGAAGCCCUUGACGUUAGGAUGUGGUCUCACUCUGCCCAACCGCCUCACAAAGGCUGCGAUGGCCGAGAACAUGGCUGACAGCGAAGGCUUACCUUCCCCUGCCUUCCACGCACCUUAUGCCGAAUGGGCCGAGGGUGGUUGGGGACUGGUCUUGACCGGCAAUGUGGAAGUCGACCAGAGGUAUCUUGGUUCGGCCAAAGACAUUGCAUAUAACGACUCGAUCCCGUACGAGCAGCAGCUGGAGGCCUGGAAGGCCUGGGCAAAGGUUUGCAACAAGAAUGGCACCCCGACCAUUGUGCAGGUCAACCAUCCCGGUCGCCAAUCUCCCCUCGGUGCUGGCAAGCGUGGCUUCUUGGAAAAAGCGAUUGCGCCCAGUGCGAUACCCUUGAAUUUUGGACAGGGUAUUUUCGCGCGUCUCAUCAGCUCUUUGGUUUUCGGUACUCCUCGGGAGAUGAGUGUUUCCGAAAUCAAAGAUGUUGUGCGUCGUUUCGCCCAGACCGCAAAGUUGGCAUCGGACGCCGGUUUCGCCGGGAUGGAAAUUCAUGGCGCUCACGGCUACCUGCUAGCUCAAUUCAUGUCCGACAAAAGCAACACACGAACCGACGAUUACGGCGGAUCACCGGCCGCCCGUGUGAAGAUUAUUGUCGAAAUCAUUCAGGCGGUCCGUGAAGUGGUACCGAAGACCUUCUGUAUUGGAAUCAAAUUCAACUCGGUUGACCACCAGUCCCAAUCCGAGCUCGAUGCCUGCAUUGAACAGCUCAAGUUGAUCACUGAUGCUGGGGUUGACUUUUUGGAGGUCAGCGGUGGCACAUAUGAAGACCCCCUGAUGGCUACUGGUGUUGCCGAUGAAAAGAAGUCAGAUCGUACGAAGGCACGCGAAGCUUUCUUCCUUGAAUUUGCCCGGGCGAUCCGCCGUGACUUUCCAGAGGUUCCCUUGAUGGUGACUGGCGGCUUUCGUAGUCGGCAAGGGAUGGAGGCAGCUCUCGAAAAUAGAGGCUGCGAUCUCAUCGGACUAGGCAGGCCUGCAGUGUUGAACCCGGCACUACCAAAGAACACCAUCCUUGCAGUCACUGUCAAGGACGAGGACGCUAAGUUGUACGUGCGCAAGAUUGAGGCACCUUGGUUCACUAAGAAGUUUGGACUCAAGGCGAUUGGCGAAGGUGCUGCGACGGCCUGGUACGGCGCUGAAAUACGUAAGCUAGGAAAGGCAGAGUAGGACUUGAAAAUUUGAGGUAAAAGAUACGAAGACUUUUGAGACCACCGCCACAGGCUGAGAAAUCGCUGCGAUGUUCUCUUUUUCCACGUGUUUUCCUGAUAAGCUACAUAAUGUGGAAGACGGAUGAAACGUAGUUACAGCCUCAAUGAAAUGCACGAUAGACUCUCACCACACCUACUGCCAUGGUUUUCGGUAUCUUACCUAAGGCAAUGAAAUAUGUGCCGAAAUCUGCUGUUCAUCAAUGAGCAAGUCUCCCUUGCUUCUUCCCGGAUGCGCGGAUAAUGAAUUCCAG